CGGAGAACUACAACUCUUAAAAGUGCCUUGAGCAUCAAGCUUGGCACAACUCGCAAUGAUAGCCUCAACUUUCUGGCCUUAGGAUACGGCCGACCUGCUGAAAUGGUGGACGCUCAUGACCACCGACAUCAUUGCCCACCUCUCUUUCGUCGAGUCCUUUGACAUGCUAGAGCUGGGCCAGGUGGUUAGAAAUCCAUUCGAUUGGCCUGUCUAUUGAAAACGUGGUCAUGCUGGGCAGGAGUUAGAAAAACGAAUACAUCGAAGCCCUGCAAUCACUUUUUGUAAUGACGGCGAUCCGCCAUGAGCUGCCGCUCCUAUACCGCAUAGCACGUGUCCUCCCAUUCAAAUCGAUACGGAACGGUGGAUGGUCAUGCUGUCAAGGCGGUGGUAAACUUGCGACGGAGCGGGCACUCUGCCAACCUAUUUGGAAACAUGCUUGCUGAGAGUGAGGUCGACGAAAAGUCGGAUCUGACGGAAGACCACAUCAAGACCGAGGCAGGAAACCUCAUCGUCGCUAGCUCUGACACGACGUCGGUGACCUUGACGUAAUUGAUCUAGGCUAUUCUAAAGAAGCCCGACCUUCAAGCUAGACUUGAGGAGGAACUGGCCGGCGUCGGUGACGAGUUGAACGACGCCACUCUCGAGCGACUGCCGCUGCUCAACGCCGUCAUCGACGAGACCCUUCGCCUCUACGGAGCGGCCCC